GCCGCCGAGAGUGGACGCGUUUCCGCCAGCUCUUCAAUAAAAUAAUUUCGCGUCGUCUUAUCCUCGGUUAAUUCCAGCCAUAUAUUCGCGGAAAAUUUUUAAAAAGCUUUACAAAACAAAAUUCAAUCGCGUAAGAAGCCAGUGCGAUCAAAACAAAACGGGCAAUAAAUCUGCAAUCACACGACCAUGCGUUUAUAAGGAGGAACAAUAACAGAACCGAAAGCCAGAGGCAGAAACACAACGAUCAUAACCGCAGAGCUGGCAAAAGUACAGAAAAAGAAGUGCAAAAAACAUAAAUAAAUAACCGGCGGCAGCAGAUCCAGCACCCAUUCCCAUUCCAAUUCCGACUUUGGUGCGGUAGGUAAUGACACAUUCGGCACCCAGCGCACGUAUCUAGAUGCGAGCGAGCGUACGUAUCUGAGUCCGUCAGUGAAAUCCGGGGAACAGUAGCCCUGCCUUGCCACCCGCGGCGUUCGAUAAUAUAUGAGUAUUUGAAAGCGGCAUUAAAUAACAAUAAGUAAAUCUAUCAACAUUCGCCAUGGAGCAGUCGCGAAACCUACUCGCCAAACAGUCCAAAGAUGUCGAGUUCCAAGAUGUCUUCUACACCGUUAAGGAGCGCAAGAACUUCUGGCGCGUGACCGGAGAGCGCCAAAUUCUGAACGGAGUCAGCGGCAGUUUCCGGAACGGGCAGCUCUCGGCCAUCAUGGGGCCCUCUGGAGCCGGAAAAAGCAGUUUGCUAAAUGCGAUUUCGGGUUUCAGACGCGACGGAGUCACGGGCAGCAUAAAGAUCAAGAGGGACAAUGCUUGCUACAUCACUCAGGACGACCGCCACCAGACUCUGCUGACUGUCGAGGAGCUGAUGAAUCUCGCCUGCGACCUCAAGCUAAAGCACCGUCACAAGAAGGCAGAGAUCAUGACGGAUAUCCUGGAAAAUCUGCACUUGAACCACCGGCGCAAUGUGACGGCAGAGAAGCUGAGCGGUGGGGAGCGGAAACGAUUGUCCAUCGCUCUGGAGCUGGUGGACAACCCCAACAUCUUCUUCUUGGAUGAACCCACCAGUGGCCUGGAUGAAGUCACGGCGUCCCAGUGCAUCCGACUGCUGCAGGCAAUGGCCCGCGAGGGUAGGACCAUCGUCUGCACUAUCCACCAACCUUCGGCGACGAUCUACAACUACUUCGACAGCAUCUACGUCCUGGCCAAGGGCCACUGCGUCUACCAAGGCAGUCCUCGAGCCACCAUUCCCUUCCUGCGACUGGCCCAGAUCGACUGCCCCAGACAUUACAGUCCUUCGGAUUACAUUAUCGAGCUGGUGGAUGCCGAGGAUGGUCACCUGGUGCCGGCGCUCAGCGACCUGACCGAAAACGGCAAGCUCAUCUACGUGGCGACUCAGUCGGACCAGUUGGGUGCUUCGCUGGCACCUCAGCAGGCUGUCACCACGAUGUUCGUGGAGCAGCAGAAGCGUCCGUUCCUGCCCGCCUUCUUCGCCGGCAGUGCCGCCUCCACGGACGGCUCGCUGAUUGGAGGCACCAGUGCACUGCUGGAACAAGUGAAGGCCUUCUCCAGACGCCUCAACACGGAUCGACGGGAUGUAUCCGGACUGCGACAGUUUGUGGUCCUUAUGCAGGUGAUGUUGCUGCGGAUAACGAGGGCACGAUUGGCCCUGACCAUUCAGCUGUUCCAUCACCUUCUGUGCGGUGUCUUCUUUGGCCUGAUAUUCUUUCAACUGGGUAACCAGGGUGCCCGGAUGUUCGACCAUCUCAAGUUCUGCAUCGGUGCCGUCCUCAUGAUUGUCUACACCCAGGUGAUGGUGCCCAUCCUGAGCUAUCCCGCUGAGGUGAAGGUGGUCAAGAAGGAGACCUUCAACCGUUGGUAUACUCUGACGCCGUACUACAUGGCCUUGACGGUGUCGCGUCUGCCGGUUCAGGUGCUACUCAACAUCACCUUCAUGGCGGUCACCUACUGGAUGUCCGGGUUGCCCCAACAGUUCUGGCGCUUCUGCAUUUUCGUGGCCGUAGGAUUGAUGAUCUCCCUAGUAGCCGAGGGCAUGGGCCUGGCCAUUGGCGCCACUUUCAGCAUAACAAACGGCAGUGUGGUGGGUCCGAUGAUGAUCGCACCCUUUAUGGGACUGGCGGUGUACGGGUUUGACUUUGCACCGCAGGUCUCGGGCGGAAUGCAACUGCUCAUGAAGUUCAGCUACGUGCGCGUUGGCGUGGUGUCGCUGGUUUUGGCCGUCUUUGGAUUCCAGCGGGAGGAGCUCGACUGCGAUGACAUAUACUGCCAUUUUAGCGACCCUCGCGUACUGCUCAAGUUUCUGGACGUGGAAAAGGUGUCCAUGCUGCACCAGUUCGGACUGCUGGCCAUGCUGAUGCUCUUCUUCCGGGUGAUGAUGUACAUUAGCCUGCGGAAGCGCUGCUAUGCCUGAUUUUGCAACCAAUACUCAAGAAGAAUCUUAUGCCCUAGUUGUAGUCAAUGUCAACACUGUGAUGUUCGAUUUUAAACAUACAGAUAUAUACUCUUUGUACAUACUUAAGCGGCGUUCUCCUGACAGGAUACAAGUUAGCCCUAAGUUAGCCUUAAGUUAGGUUCGAUCCACAUAAACAGGCGCCUUUAAUAGACAGAGUCUGCAAACAUAUCGGAAAUGUACAAAAAUCUUGUAAGCUCACAACCAAUAUUCGAAAUGUUUGUAGAAAAAGGACUCGACAAUACCGAUUGUGUUUGCGGAUGGAGGACAAGAACAUUUUAUACAAUAUCUUGGUUAAAGUGGUUUCAAUUCGAAUUGUAGAAGAAUAAAAGUGUUGUUUGGGCUAUUCCUAUUA